UCCAUAAUAUUUACCAGCUCAUUUUCCAUAUUUGUCUUUUAUUCCAUUUCAAUUUCAGUUUCAUUUCACAAAAAAAUAUAUUUAAAUACCAAGCGCUCCACAUCCAAUGGCUUCCAAGCUCUAUAUAAUAGCCAACCACGCGUGCGCACGUGGCAAGCGCAUGCGCACGUGCAUCAUCUUCUUCUCCGACUCCGGCGAUGGGUUGCUCGAGCUCGAGGGACGUGCGCGGCGGCGCGGCGAAGCCACCGGCGGUGGCGGCUCCGGCGGCGGAGAGCCGGCGGCAUAGCCUGCGGCCGUCGCGCACCGCCUUGGUUCUCACCUCCCUCGCCUUCUGCCGCGGCCGCCGCGACGACGCCGUGCACGCGUACUCCAGCCUGCCGCUGGAAGAGCCGCCGGCGAAGGGCGCCCAUGUCUCCGUCGACUUCGACUUCCGCGCGCUCCCCGGAGAAGAGGAUGCUAAGCGUGGGCUCAAGGCUGCCCUCGAGGACGCCGCGCCGGCGCGACGGUGCGCGUCUUUCAACGCGUCCUCGCCGCCGGCGGCGGCGAAGGAGGCAGAGGUGCGGGCUUUACCUGGUUUUGACCAGGGAAUCAUGUCCGGCCUCCGGGGCAUCGUGGCGGCGGAGCCCUCGCGGUCGCCGGAGCGGGAGAAUCCGACGACGCCGAAGGCGAGCGAGGAGGAGGCGGCGGCGGCGGCGGCGGCGUUCGACGACAUGGGCACACCGGCGGCUCGCGACAUCCCGGAGGUGACGGGCUUCGUGCGCGCGCGCGUCGACGAGUUCCACGAGAAGAUAGAGAAGAAGAAGAAGGCGGCCAAGGCGGCCGAUGAAGAAGCCCUCGACGUCGCGCCGCCGCCCCCGCGGCGGCCGGAGCGCGUGACGAAGGCAUCCGCCGUGGUGGUGGUGUACUUCACCAGCCUCCGCGGCGUCCGCCGGACGUUCGAGGACGGCCGCGCCGUGCGCGCCAUCCUGCGCGGCCACCGCGUGCGCGUCGACGAGCGCGACGUGUCCAUGCACGCCGCCUUCCGGGCGGAGCUCCGCGGCCUCCUCGGCGACGGCUUCGCCGGGCCACCACCGCUCCCGCGCGUGUUCGUCGGCAACGGCCGCCACGACCUCGGCGUGGAUUCAAAAAUCUGGUCCUUUCACUCUUGAUCCGACGGUCCACAGUGAUUCUAAUGCGUGGUACUGUUCAUCCUCUGCAUUAGUACCUCUAAUGCAGAGGAUCCGAAUUGCAAAUUUAUAAUGCAUCAAAACAUGG